AAGAUUUCACUUCACCAUCACCAUCACCAUCUUUUCUUUCUCAUGCUCUUGUCCCAUAUUCCACACCAAACAAUUUGUUGCAAAGAACAAGAAAAGAAAGCAUUGCUCGAGUUUAAAGAAAAUCUAACCGAUCCUACAGGUAGGCUCUCUUCUUGGCGGGGAGAAGAAGAUUGCUGCGAAUGGAGAGGCGUCAGCUGCAGCAGCACAACUGCGGAUGUGGUCAAGCUCAGCCUUGGCAGCACGUCUCCAACAGGUCUGGACAGUGAUGCAGGGACGGGUGCGCUGGGUGGAGAGAUAAGUUCUUCUUUGCUUCAGUUGAAGUACUUGAGACAUCUAGACUUGAGCAUGAACAAUUUUGUUGGGGCUCAAGUUCCUCAUUUCCUUGGUUCUUUUUCAAGAUUGACAUAUCUCAAUCUUUCUACUGCUUCUUUUAGUGGUAGGAUACCUCAAAGUCUUGGGAAUCUUUCUGCUUUGCAGUAUUUAGACCUAAGUUUUUACACAUCAGAAUCUGUUGCAAAUGAUCUGUACUGGCUACCUGGCCUCUCUUCAUUAAAAUACCUAAAUCUAAAAGGCGUUGAUCUUCACUCCACUUCGUCUCACUGGCUCAAAGCCGUGAACACCCUGCCUUCUCUCUUGGAGCUUCAUCUGCCACAGUGCCAGCUCAUUGAUCCUCCGCCUUCUCUCCCAUUCCUCAACUUCACAUCCCUUUUGGUUCUUGACCUUUCGGGAAAUCUGUUCAACUCCACACUGCCAAAGUGGCUGUUCAAUCUAACUAGACUCAAGAGUCUUGAUCUGAAUACAAAUAACCUAUAUGGGUCUCUGCCUGAUGCAUUUUCUGAGCUCACUUCCCUUGAAAAGUUGGAUCUAUCUUCAAAUUAUUACCUUGAAGGCUCUCUCCCAAGAGGGCUUGGAGCACUCUGUAAUUUGCAGACUCUGACUCUUACAAACAACAGGCUCAAUGGUGGUGUAACGGAGUUCGUCAAUGGGCUAUCUAGAUGCUCAGAUAGCAAGUUGGUGGGCCUAAAUUUGGGAUCUAAUGAAUUUGAUGGAAAUCUUCCCAUCACAUUAGGCCAACUCAAAAGGCUGAGGUAUCUCAUUCUUUCGCAAAACUCAUUCACGGGUUCAAUUCCACAAACAAUUGGAAACUUAUCAUCAUUGGAGUUGUUUUCUCUCCAAAACAAUGAGAUGAGUGGGAACAUCCCAGAGAGCUUUGGGCAGCUUAACUCCCUCAACUCAUUCGACAUGUCUCUCAACUCAUGGGAAGGUGUCGUCACAGAAGCCCAUCUUGCCAAUCUCUCGAGCUUGAGGGAGAUCUCCAUUGGCAGAUUCUCUUCCAAUAUUUCCCUCAUAUUCAACAUCAGCUCUGGCUGGACUCCUCCUUUCAAGCUCGAGUACCUCAAGAUUCAAGGCUGCCAAUUGGGCCCCAAGUUCCCAACAUUCCUCAGAAACCAAACUGAUCUUAAAACAAUCAUCAUCAACUUUGGUGGGAUCUCCGAUGCCAUACCUCGUUGGUUCUUGGAGAUGGAUUUGCAGCUGCAAGAACUCGAUGUCGCAAACAACCAACUGCAUGGACAGGUUCCCAAGAAGUUAAGGUUCAACAGCGAAUCCAACAUUGAUCUGAGUGAAAAUAGCUUCGAGGGACCUCUCCCACUCUGGUCAAGCAAUGUGACCUCGUUGUAUUUGAGGAACAACAGAUUCUCCGGGGCCAUUCCACGGGAUAUUGGGAUAUCGUUGCCUAGUCUCACAGACUUGGACAUCUCAAGAAACAACCUAAAUGGCACAAUCCCAUCUUCCAUAGGAAAUAUGACACGACUAACCACUUUAGUCAUCUCAAGCAACAACCUGCAGGGGCAAAUCCCUGAUGUCUUCUCCAGCAUACCAAUGCUUUACAAUGUUGACGCUUCAAACAACAGUCUUACCGGCAGAAUUCCUUCUUCCCUAGGAUUCCUACAUGCUCUCAAAUUCUUGAUGCUCUCAAGCAACAUCCUUUCAUCCCAAAUACCCUCCAGCUUGAGAAACUGCACUGAGCUAGUCAGCAUUGAUCUAGGUGACAACGCGUUGUCUGGAGCUAUCCCGCCUUGGAUUGGAGCUGAGAUGGAAUCACUGCUUAUCCUACGCCUGAGAAACAACUCGUUCAAAGGGAUCAUCCCUUCACAGAUAUGCAAUCUCUCUGUCCUACACAUACUGGACUUAUCGAAAAACUCACUGUCGGGGUCAAUUCCCGCCUGUUUCAAGAACCUCAGCGGCUUUCAGAGAGACUUGACACCUGAAGACACUGAUCAGCUUUACCAAGGGCGGGUGCAGCUGGUGGCCAAGGGAAGAUUACUGCAGUAUGACUCUAUACUGUAUCUUGUCAACAGCAUUGAUCUCUCUAUAAACAAAUUUUCCGGAGAGAUCCCUCAAGAAAUCACGGCCCUAUUCAAACUGGGAACCCUAAACCUGUCAAGGAAUCACCUAAUUGGGAGAAUCCCUACAGAUAUCGACAAAUUGGAACGGAUUGAGACGUUGGACUUAUCAAGCAAUCAACUUUGGGGGCCAAUUCCACAGACCAUGGCGUCGCUAACUUUCUUGAACCACUUGAACUUGUCGAAUAACAAUCUGUCCGGGCAGAUUCCAACUGGGAAUCAGUUUGAGACAUUCAAUGAUCCGUCAAUCUAUGAAGAAACAUAUCCUUCCGCGCAAAAAGCGAUUUUAUAAUAGAGAUAAUGGACAUCGGAAAAUCUAUAUCUCCAUGCUUCCCGCCACGAGCAGUUCAGCCGCAGCUCAAACUCAUGGCCGCCGUCGUGAGCCUCCUUUCGCUUCCCGCACGUGCCCCGCCGCCCUCCCUCACUUUCGUCACGCG